AUGGAUCAACAACGCCAGCGCGGCCGGUCUCCAUCGGCCGGCCAUCAGCUUCCUAUAAAUCAAUCGCCGUCGCUAGCUCCGACCGUCUACCCUCCGAUUAACGACGCACCCAUUGGACUCGGCCUCGACUUGGAUCAGUCCAACUUUCCUCCGCAGCCGCAGCUUCAGCUCCAGCACCAAGCGACUUCAUCUGCCGACUAUUCUUACACUACCAACUCCGGCUUCCUCACUCCAGGCCAUCAGCAAACCUCCUUCAACCCUACCCAGACCUUUGCCCCUCCAACCACCGACGGAAACUUGGCCUUCACUGGCCAGGCACAAGGAUCGCCCUACCUGGCCCCUUCAAACUUCAGCGAAGCGGCCGAUUUUUCGCUCUUCCCGGCAUCAAACCAACAAGCCGACCAGUUCGACCAACCUCUCUUCGAGCCGUCGACUUUGAACCCCUCCGACAUCAACAAUAUGAGCUCUCCACAAAUCAACCACUCUCCGACCCCUCCUCAUCUCCUCAAGCCCGAGCCACAGGGCUCCCCCUCCUUCAGCCAUCACCAGCACUUCUCCUCGCCUCCCUCGAACCACUCUAGGAACGCUUCUCUAGGUCCCGAAGCCGCGCUGCUACCAAAUCAAUUGAACGAGUGGACCAGCCAGCCUCAGUUUCAGACUCAUAGGCGAUCCCCUUCUGAGUAUUCGGACGUCUCUAGCGUCGCCCCCUCUCCUAGCCUUGUAAGCCACGACACAUUCGACCCUGUCGAUGGCGGGCACUCCCCCAUGCAGCGACCGCAGGAUGCCGGCCUCUAUCAAGAAGUGCUCCAGAUCGGCGCCUUCUCCCUUUCCGACCCCCAACACAGCCCUAACCUCCAAGGACGCAGCCCGUCCCACAGCCCGGCUAUCUCGCCGCGCAUCCUCCCCUCCCAAGGACCCGAGCUGGGUCACCCGUCGGGGAGCUUUGGCCUAGCGCCGCCCCAGGGCUUUCACACUCCCGCCAUGCCCAGUCUCCACGGUGGCGGCGAGGCCUUCCCGUCUUUCCAGCACCCUAGUGACCUUCCCCAGCUUGCGCCGCCCGCCAUUAACAUUGACCUCGCGCCGCCUGCUUCCUCGCGCGCUGGGUUCGAUCCUCCGAGAACCACAAUGGAUGCCGAUUCGCUAACGCCCCCUGAUACGAGAGGGCGUGCCCGAAAGCGAGCUGUUACAGACCCGUACAGCGCCGCUGGUGGCAUAAUGAACCGUAGCUCGCUCAGUCCUGGCACACUCUCCCCCAAUCUCAUGCCCGACUCGAGGUCGGAUACUUCGCGCUCCCUUUCGCCUCUUGACCGACAGACCACAGCGGCUAGCAGGAGACGCCAGUCUACCUCCGCCGUGCCAAAUAAUGUUAUGGCGCUGAGGCUUGCUGAUCCCGAGUACCAGAGCGCUCAGGAUAGCGGUGGUCCCAAGAGGGUACAGAAGCACCCGGCCACCUUCCAGUGCACGCUGUGUCCCAAGCGAUUCACUCGAGCUUACAACCUUCGAUCUCACCUGAGGACUCAUACCGACGAACGCCCUUUCGUAUGCACUGUGUGUGGCAAGGCCUUUGCCCGUCAGCAUGACCGCAAACGACACGAGAGCCUCCACUCGGGUGAGAAGAAGUUCGUCUGCAAAGGUGACUUGAAAUCGGGCAGCCAGUGGGGUUGUGGCCGCAGAUUUGCGCGGGCCGACGCUCUUGGGCGUCACUUCAGGUCCGAGGCUGGUCGCAUCUGCAUCAAAGCACUCCUCGACGAGGAGACCCUUGAGCGGCAGCGCCAGUGGCAAGAGCAACGCAUGCAGCAGAACAUGGCUCAGAACAUGGCCGCGCAGAGCCAGAUGAUGACGGACCCGAUGGGCGGUUACCCUAUGGAUCCCAACGCCGCCUACGAGCUCCCGGCUGCCAUCUUAGCGCAGUACCCCGCCUUGGCGCAAGUAAGCUGGGCGCCCGGAGAUAUGGGCAACAGCUCCAAUGUCGAGGAAGACAUGGGAGGACGAUCGUCAUUCGAUGCUAGUGAGUAUGAUGACGGCGAGGACACUGGCUACAUCAGCAGCCAUAGUGGAGGUUUUGGCGGUGAGGGCAGUAUCCCCGCCCAGGGCUAUCAUGAGAUGGGAUAUGCCAGCGACUAUAGUCAAGGCGCUCGGUAA